AUGCUCUUGGACUUUCUGAAAUGCCCAUCCUGCGGUACUACCCUGAAAUCGAAGACGUGCACUAUUUUUUACGAUGAUGGCAAAACCUACAAGGGGCACUAUUGCGUCAAAUGCGUUCCCGUCGGCUCCUUGAGCAAAAAUGACGUCGCCUACUUGCAGGAUAUCUUGGAUCAACCGAACCUGGUAUGCACACCGGAGGGAUGGAAAGCCAAUGGACCGCUCAAGAAGUUGAAAUGCCCACUUUGCCAGGAGGAAUUCACACGUAAGGGCAAAAUGGCUCCAGUACUGAUGUGGGGGAAUUAUCAUCUCCAGUGCAAGGCCUGCUACGAGAAGUACCGAGCGCAGCAACGAUGUAAGGUCUGUCAAAGGAACUGCGGGCCGAGUCGGUUCGAGGCCCCGAUUGUCGGGCAGUAUCUAGAGUUCACGAACGCUGCGGUCGGCUUAGAAGAAGCGGAAGUUGGUAUUGAAUGGUGGCAAGGACCUGGUUCUGCACAAUCCACGCCGACCGAAUCCCCACACCCGAUGGAACUCGAUAUCGGUAGUGAAAAGUGUGGACAGUGCCUCAAAACAUACCUCCUGGAUCAGUUGUUCAACUGCGAAGACUGCAAAAUAACAUUAUGCGGCUUGUGCGUCGUCCGCAAGCACCGCGAUCACAACCUCAUCGACGUUGGCGCCUUGAAAAUCGCAAACCUGGAAGCGGCUACCACGGCACAAUUGAAUGAUCACUUUGUAGGUCUACACCAAAUGGUGGUUCACAUCCAUUCGGAAAUCACCGCUAGCUCGCUGGCGUUCAAUGAAGCGGUCGUAAAAUGCCUCAAACUCGUCGGGCGCGAAGUGGAAUAUGCGAACGGCUCGAAAAUCUGCCUAGAGCUGCGGAGCAAGAUGGAGAGGUUCGAGGAUAAAUUUGAAAAGUACCUUCCGCAAGCUCGAAUCUAUGAGGAGGACCUGAAAAAGUUGAAGGAGGCAAUCGAUUCUUUUGUGCUGGAGCUUAAGCCUGAA